UUUCACCAAUUGAGAAUCACAUCGAUUGCCACUGCUCCAGUGAAAACGCCAACAUGAAAGCUUUCGUAUUCGCCUGCAUCCUUGCGAUCUGCGUCACAGCGUCCCUGCAGGACACUCCGUACGCUCGGUGUGACAAUGGACCUCCACCCAAAUCAUUGAUAAUAGAUGGAUGCAAUACUUCUCCCUGCAAUUUUUACAGAGGGACUAAUUUGACCGCGCAUUGGAACUUUAAUGUCAACGCUGAUGUAGAAAAACUGAUAGUCUUCGUGAAAGUCACAAUCUUGGGGAUGACGAUAACUUAUCCGUAUCCUUAUCCGAAUGCAUGCGAGUCUCUGACGAAUAGCAAAUGUCCUUUGAGCAAAGGCGACAAUGUAACGUACAAUCUCGUCAUGCCGAUAUCUAAGAAUUAUCCGUCUAUUGAAAUGACCAUCGAGUUCUCCCUGAAUGAUGAAAAGAACAACUCGCAAGUAUGCUUCAAGUUGGAUGGCCGGGUGACUGAUAAAUAAAAUAAAAGACUCCCGUCACCUCAAUAGCUUUAAUCAAUUUAACUCUUCUAUUAGUGUAUUAUCCGAAUAUUCUUUAUU